AUAUGAGGGGCUAAUGCAACGACUAUUGAUAAUAUCACGCUAGAAGUAUAGUUAUUGCAACAGUUUUGAGCUAAGCGUUGCAUUAGGUGUUAUCACGUUGCAAUUGGUACUUGGUAGAGAAAUUGCAACGGCAGUCAUGUGCCAUGUCCCGCCUCAAAUUUCCCGAAAAUUUCAAAUACAACCCCUCAUACAGCAAAAGCCCAAUAUUAAUUUCCCUUAGUUUAGGAGAGAGAAGGAAAGGUCCAAUAAGAAAAAGAAAUGGGGAGAGAGGGAGAUAUAUAAAGAGAGAAUGAAAUUUCGGUACUUCCAUCUCAGAUCUCAAACAUGUAUCUCUAUCUAUGCAAGCUCAUCUCCUGCAAAAUGUAAGGAUGUCAUUCUUUUCAGCCAUUAAUGUAAGUAUGAAGCUUCGACGGCAACUCUGGCAAGUUGAACUAUGUUUUGUUGUGUGUCUAAUCUAGUUUCGCAGUUCAUCAAAUUACUGCCCCCAAUUCGAGGGAUAGAUAGAAAGAGUGAGCGAAAAGGAGCGCUUGCAAAGAGGAGAUAGGCAAUUCGGAUCUUUUCCGAAAACUGUGAAGGUCCCGGAGUAGAAUGGCUAACAAUACUGACCUAGCUGCUGCUAUUCGCCUCUUGGCGGAGAGGUUGACUCAGGAGAGAGCUGAGCGUCCUGAGACUGUUGGGGAAAUGUUUGAAAGAUUAGCUAAGGUUAAACCACCCUACUAUAAGGGGCAAUCUGACCCGAUCUUCUUAGAGAACUGAAUUAGGGAGUUCGAGAAGCUGUUUGAGGUAGUGAACUGCCCUGGAAAUAUGAGAGUGGGUCAGGCUGUGCUGUAUCUGAAAGGAUGAGGCUGAGUAUGGUGGAGGGAGAAUGGUGCUAGACUGAGUGUUGUUGAAGGAUUUAAUUGGGAAGCAUUUGUGAUUGCCUUGAGAGGGAAAUUUUACCUUGCCUUAUGAGGAAACUAAAAGCCCAAGAAUUCAUUAACCUAAGGAUGGGUAGUAUGACCAUCUUUGAGUACUAUGGCAAAUUUAUAGCCCUGUCUAGAUUUGCACCUGAGGUUGUAGCCACUGAGGAGCUUAGGUCCGAGAGGUUUGAGCAAGGCUUAACUGAAGAGAUACAAUUGGGAUUAGGAGGUGAGACCUUUACGUCCCUAUAUGUUGUGUAUGGGAGAGCAUCUCAUAUUUAUGGUUUACAAUCAAGGAGAGAUAAGAAAAAUGGGGUAAUAGGUGAAAAGAGGAAAGAUUUUAAUACUGGAGGAAACCAAGGGAAUUUCAAGAGAAACCGGAAUGGUAAUGGGAAUUUCCAAGGGAGAACAACCAGGAUAACCGCAAUAAGGGUAGACCUGAGAGAGUGCCUCACUGCAAGUUAUGUGACAAAAAUCAUCCUGGGAAAGACUGUGAGGGAGAACCAGUGUUUUGUAACUACUGCCAGAAGAAGGGUCAUAGGGAGUAUGAGUGCUAUUCUAAAGCAUGGUAAAGAUCAGAAGGGUCAAGGGCAUAGUAAUCAGGUCAGAUCAGGGUUUAACCAGUCUGAAAACCAAGGUUCUAAGCUUGGAGGACAGCAAAAUAAUCAGGGGAACUAUAGUAAGCCUGCAAGUGAGAACCCCAACCAGAAUAAGCCUGCGGGAAAGAUGUAUGUGAUGAGUCGAAAGGAAGCUGAGAAAUCUGUCGACGUAGUUUCUGGCGGAGAAUAUUCUGUAGGAGACUUUUAAGGAGUUAAAAGUGGUCUACCUACUAGUUUACACAAGGUGAAAAUUAUUUGCAAGAAGAAAUAGAAAAAAAGCAAACUUAUCUUACUAAAGCCCACUAAGGAAAUUAGUGAGCAGAACAAUGUGAAGAAAAGGGCCAAAACCCAUCAUCAAAGUGGGAGCACGCAGCACUAAAAAAAAAACCUAAGAAAUACUCCCUCCGUCUUUUUUUAUUUGCUACAUUUUGCCAUUUAGGUGUGUCCCUUAUUAUUUGCUACAUUUGCAAACCUUACUACAAAUGCUAAUAAAACAAACAUCCUAAACUUCAGCCCAAAAAAUUAGCCCACUUAAUCAAAUACCCUAAACCCACCCAACCCACCUAACUCUAUUUAUUACCCCACUCCCUCCAUUUAACCCUACCCCAACCCCCCUAUAACUACUCCCUCCAAAACCCUAAUCUCAUUUCUUUCGUCACUUUCUUCUCUCUCCUUCUGACUCUCUCUCUCCUUCUGACUGUCACUUUCCUCUCUCUUCUUCUGCUUCAAACCCUCAGAUCUAGGGUUUUUUACUCCAAAAUUGUUGAAAAAACAGUAGAUUAAUUAUCUACUCUUUUCUGCGAUCAUUAUAAACCUAGAUUUUGUCAUUUUUGAGUGAUUUCAGAAAACGAGUCCCCUGUUUCUUGGUUAUUUUUGGGUAUUUCAUGGAUGAGUUAACUCCGAAAUCAAAGAAACGGCUCUUUGAUUUGAUGGACGAGUUAGAUGCGGAGGCUAAAAAUUCUAGGGUUGCAAAAAAACCCUUGGAUUUUGGUUCGUUUUGUUGGUCUUGUGGCGCGCCUUCAAGAAAACCACCAGAUCUUCAAUUUGGUGGUGUAUUUGAGGGCAAAAAACCUGAAAAUUUGGAAGAUCCACCUCCGGAAGGCUUUAAAUCAUGACGAGCUUACCUCUCUUGGUAUAAAAACCAUCUCGAAAUGGUUUCGGAGAGUCCCCUUUCAAAUUUUGACUCAGAUCGGUCCACUCCUUAACUUAAAUCUUUGUUUUUAAAAUUUUAGGAAGUUUUUUUAACAUGCUUUGCCUGUGGGGUUGCGUUUCAUUAGAUUGCAUGUUUAGGUUUUUGUGUUUUUUUCAUGUUUUUGGCUCGAUUUGUUUAUACGCAUGUUGUUUAUGCCUCGAUCUGUUUAAAAAACUUGUUUAUUUUCCCUUGAUUUGUUUUAAUUCUCUUUACUUUGCCUCGAUUUUGUUAUAUAUAUGUUGAUUUGCCUUGAUUUGUUAGAUUUUUCCCUUGAUCUGUUGUUUUUGUGCUCUGAAUGUGUAUAAAUGUUAGAUUUGCCUUGAUCUGUUAAAACAUGUUAAUU